AUGACGCUAUGCGCACGAGGCCAGGCUUUGAAGGUGGGUGAGACGAUGUCUAGUGUGGGAGCGGCCAACCAGCCACAGCACAGGGUGGCUUUGCAAACUUGCUAUGGGGCAAUGCAACAAGCUUGGUCUGAGUUGAAAAUAGUGACUACUAGUAGGCACCUCUCUGUCGCAGGAGCGUUGGUUGGAAUUGUUUAUUGUGACAUAUCAAAGCAAGAGCCUCAUUCCCUGGGCCUUUCUUUUCCAAAUUCUCCUCAAGACAAGCACCAACGUGAAGCCGUCGACGAGGGGCUUACAACAGGAAGUACACAAACUUCGGCUUUGGCCGACCGAACAGCGCAUAUUGUUGCUUCGUUUGGAAUGGGCGUCAUGCAAGAUGCGCUCAUCAAGAUCCGUGCAGACACUCUCACCAAGUCAGGGCACAACGGUGCUACAGUUUCCGAAUUCCUCCGAAAUCGGUCGUGUCCGAGACAAGCAGGUUUCAGCUGUUCGUUCGACGACUUCCAAGGUUAUUCCUAG